UGCGCGACGUCUCUCGAGUGUGGACUGUGGAGUCGUCAGUCGUUCACACUCGUCGAAGACCGUUCAGUCUGUGUUCGCGCUUCGUCCCGUUCACGUUGCCGGCUACCGUUCGUCCCCGCCGCCGCCGCGUACGUUAUCGCGCGCCGAUUUUAAUCGUCGAAUACCCGGAAUUCCCGGACUCCGGCCGCGCGCAAACCACGGACAGGCCGAUAACGUAUUUGUAUAUUAUUGUAUUGCGACACGACACACCUGUGUCAAGGUACACCUAUUAAUAUACUUUAACAAUAAUUAUUAUUGUACCGUUCGACGUCGUGUUUUAUUAUAGAAAUAAAAACGUUUCGACGAUUGUGCUGGUCGCGGUUUUCGUAUUUUUUUACUCGUUCGAUAUCGCGUGUGUUGGUUAUAUUUUUGAUCGCCAGAUAAGAAGAAUAUUUAACAUUCACUUGACGCCUUCACUGUUCGACACCGCCCCCACCCCUAAGCACGCCGGGUAAUACGCGAUUCCGCGGACAGGCGGUAGGCAUCGCUGUAUUGUAAAUCUGAUCCGCGAAGCCGGUGCCUAACGUUUGUUUGAAUCGCACGAGUCGCCGAGCUCCUCUUUAGUCGUCGUCGUUCGAAAUUCGUCACCCGCGACUUUCAUUUAUGGAGUUGGCCGAUUUGGACGGUUUUUGUGGUUCGCCUUUUUGGGAUUGGAACUUGUCCUGGAACACCACCGAUCCCGAUGUAACGCUUUGUUUCGAGAAGACCGCUUUGGUCUGGUCGCCAUGCUUGUUCCUGUGGCUGUUUUCUCCGCUAGAAGUUUACUACCUGGUGCACAGUAAGUUCAGGGACAUACCGUGGAAUUGGCUCAACUUGACCAAACUGGGUGGUACAGCUAUAUUAUGUGUUCUUUCAAUAAUCGAUAUUGCAUAUGCAAUAAUUCAGUAUUCAUCAGGGAUGCCUAUUUAUUCUGUGGAUUUCUACACACCACUUGUAAAACUUAUUACUUUUGGAUUUGUGAUGGUUUUAAUUAGCGCCAAUCGUGCAAGAGGAUUAAGAUCUUCUGGGUUAAUAUUUUUGUUUUGGUCAUCUUUGGCAUUUUGUGGGAUAGUUCAAUAUCGAACAGAGAUUCGAUUAGCAUUUUCUGAUGUACCAUCACAAAAAUAUCAAUUAAUAAGUUACAUGGUGUAUUAUCCUAUUGUAUUAAUUCAGUUUGUUUUAAACUUCUUUGCCGAUGCUGAUCCACGACUAUCAAAUUAUCCCCCUGUUGAGAAACCAUGUCCUGAGAUUAAAGCAUCAUUUCCUUCGCGGAUAUUAUUUUCAUGGUUUGAUCCAUUAGCAUGGACCGGUUAUAAUCGUCCUUUAGAAACUAAAGAUUUGUGGAAUAUGAAUUAUGACGAUAGUUCACGAGAAAUAGUUCCUAUAUUUGAUAAACAUUGGGAACGUUCAUUAAUUAAAUCAAAAUUACUAGAUAAUGCAAAAGCAUCUUAUAUUAAACAUAAAUCAGAUGGAAGUAUUGAAGUAUCACCUACUGAAUAUUCAAGAAUUACUCGUGGUACUAAAAAUCAAAAUGAAGCAUCUAUUCUUCCUGCUUUGUGUAAAUCAUUUGGCCGUACAUUUUUGUUUGGAUCAUUUCUAAAAGUAAUUGAAGAUUGUUUAGUUUUUGUGAGCCCUCAAGUUCUUAAAUAUUUGAUAGCAUUUGUAGGAAAUACAGAUGAACCACUAUGGAGAGGAUAUUUUUAUGUUUUUCUUAUGAUGUUAACAGCAACAUUACAAACAUUAAUAUUGUCUCAAUAUUUUCAUCGUAUGUAUCUUGUUGGUAUGCGUAUAAGAACUGCACUUACUUCUGCUAUUUAUCGAAAGGCUUUGAGAAUUUCAAAUACUGCUAGAAAAACUUUUACUGUUGGUGAAAUAGUUAAUUUGAUGGCUGUCGACGCUCAUAGAUUUAUUGAUCUGACAACUUAUUUGAAUAUGAUUUGGUCUGCUCCAUUUCAAAUUGGUCUUGCAAUAUACUUUUUGUGGCAAUCACUAGGGCCCAGUGUACUUGCUGGUUUAUUUGUAAUGAUAGUUUUGAUACCAAUAAAUGGUUUUGUGGCUGCAAAAGCAAGAAAUCUUCAGAUCAAACAAAUGAAAAAUAAAGAUCAAAGAGUUAAAUUAAUGAAUGAAAUUUUGUCUGGGAUAAAAGUUUUAAAAUUAUAUGCUUGGGAACCAAGUUUUGAACAAAAAGUGUUGGAUAUUCGAGGAAAAGAAAUUAAAGUGCUUCGUACUGCUGCUUAUUUGAAUGCAGCUACUUCAUUUAUUUGGGCUUGUGCUCCAUUUCUGGUAUCAUUAGUUACAUUUGCAGUUUAUGUAUUAUCUGACGAUAGCCAUGUACUGGAUGCUCAAACAGCUUUUGUUUCUCUAUCUUUAUUCAACAUUUUACGUUUUCCAUUAUCUAUGUUACCAAUGUUUGUGUCAAAUGUAGUUCAAACGAGUGUAUCUGUAAAGAGAAUAAAUAAGUUUAUGAACUCGGAAGAGUUGGAUCCAGAUUCUGUUACUCAUGAUUCUGAUGAAAAGGAUCCUCUUGUGAUUGAAAAUGGUACAUUCACUUGGGGUGAACCAACUGACCCACCAACAUUAUCAAAUUUAAAUUUGCGAAUUUCAUCUGGACAGUUAGUUGCUGUAGUGGGUACUGUUGGUUCUGGUAAGAGUUCUUUAGUAUCAGCUUUUCUUGGUGAAAUGGAAAAAGUUUCUGGUAGAGUUAAUACUAAAGGAUCUAUAGCAUAUGUACCACAGCAAGCGUGGAUUCAGAAUACAUCACUUAAGGAUAAUAUAUUGUUUGGUCAAACAUUAAGUGAUAGAAGUUAUAAUAAGAUUAUUGAUGCAUGUGCGUUAAGAGCUGACUUCCAAAUGCUUCCAGCAGGAGAUGCCACUGAAAUUGGUGAAAAGGGGAUAAAUUUAAGUGGAGGCCAAAAACAAAGAGUAAGUUUAGCAAGAGCAGUUUACAAGGAGAGUGAUAUCUAUUUUUUGGAUGAUCCAUUAAGUGCUGUUGAUUCACAUGUCGGUAAACAUAUUUUUGAACAUGUUAUUGGACCUACAGGAUUAUUGCGAAAAAAAACACGAGUUUUGGUUACCCAUAGUAUUACUUAUCUCAGAGAAGUCGAUUUAAUUGUGGUUAUGAAAGAUGGUCAAGUAUCUGAGUCUGGUACAUAUAAAGAAUUACUGGAUAAAAAAGGAGAUUUUGCUGAUUUCUUAAUAUUACACAUGCAAGAACAAAAUGAACUUAAAGACGAUGACAUUGAAAUUGAUAAGUUAUUAGAAGACGCACCUGCAGAUUUAAAAGAAAAAUAUAUUCGUCAAAGAAGUGAAUCCAAUUCAAAUUCUUCAAUGCAAAGGCAAAGGUCUAUUGAUUCUGAAAAAACCAUUCCUCUACCUAUUGUUGAUCAACAGGCUAAAUUGAUUGAAGUUGAGAAAGCUGAAACAGGCAGUGUCAAAUGGGAAGUUUAUGUACAUUAUUUGAAGUCCAUUGGACCUUUUUUGUGCAUAUCUACAAUUGUUUUGAGUAUUAUAUUUCAAGGAUUUUCUAUUUCUUCAAAUAUUUGGCUUUCUAUAUGGUCUAAUGAUGAUACUUCUCAUGUUCACGGAGAAGAAAAUAUAAGCAAAAGGAAUUUAUAUUUAACUGUUUAUGGUCUUCUUGGACUUGGUCAAGUUUUAACAGUAGUACUUGGUACCACCACAUUAUAUGUCGGUUGUUUGAUAGCUUCUCGAAUUUUGCAUGAUAGCAUGCUUAAGAAUAUAAUGCACGCCAAAAUGAGCUUCUUUAAUAUUACACCUAGUGGGCGUAUAUUAAAUAGAGUUGCAAAAGAUGUUGACAUUAUUGAUAUAACAUUGCCUCCGAUAUUGCUGUCAUGGAAUAGAUGUCUAAUCAUGGUUAUUGGUACUUUAGUUGUUAUCACUUACAGUACACCUGUGUUUGCAGCUGUGAUAGCUCCUAUUGGUAUUAUUUAUUAUUUUAUACAGAGAUUUUAUGUUGCGACAUCACGUCAGCUGAAAAGGCUUGAGUCUGUAUCUCGCUCUCCCAUUUAUUCGCAUUUUAGUGAAACAGUUACGGGUGCAACAUCGAUUCGUGCUUAUGGUGCAGAAUCCAAAUUUAUAUUUCAGUCUGAACAAAAAGUAGAUUUUAAUCAAACUUGUUACUAUCCAAGUACAGUGGCUAAUAGAUGGUUAGCUGUAAGAUUAGAAACAAUUGGUAAUUUUAUCAUUUUCUUCUCGUCUAUGUUCUCAGUAUUGGGAAGAGAUACAUUAAGUCCAGGUAUUGUUGGUUUGUCUGUCAGUUAUGCUCUACAGAUCACGCAAACACUCAAUUGGUUGGUUAGAAUGACUUCUGAAGUCGAAACUAAUAUUGUAGCUGUUGAACGUAUUAAAGAAUAUGGAGAAACACCUCAAGAAGCACCUUGGGAUGUACCAUCAAAUUUGCCUCCCAAAGAAUGGCCAACAAAUGGAGAAGUUCAAUUUAAAAAUCUUAAAGUCCGUUAUCGUGAAGGAUUAGACUUAGCAUUGAAAGGACUAGAUAUUUUAGUGGAAGGAGGCCAAAAGGUGGGUAUAGUUGGACGAACUGGAGCUGGAAAAUCUUCUUUGACUCUUAGUUUGUUCCGUAUCGUCGAAGCUGCUGAAGGAUCAAUUCUUAUUGAUGGUGUAGAUAUAUCAAAUAUUGGCUUGCAUACAUUACGUGGCCGUCUCACAAUUAUUCCACAGGAUCCAGUAUUAUUUUCUGGUACAUUAAGAAUGAAUUUAGAUCCAACUAAUAGUAAUACAGAUGAGGAGCUAUGGAACUCCUUAAAGCUAGCCCAUUUAAAAGAAUAUGUCAAAGGACUAGUAGGUGGUUUGGAUUAUGAAGUGUCCGAAGGAGGAGAUAAUCUCAGUGUGGGCCAAAGACAAUUAGUGUGUUUGGCUAGAGCAUUGUUAAGAAAGACAAAAUUAUUAGUGUUAGAUGAAGCAACAGCAGCAAUUGAUUUGGAAACAGAUGAUCUUAUACAAACAACCAUACGAUCAGAAUUUAAAGAUUGCACAGUACUAACAAUUGCUCAUCGUCUAAACACAAUCAUGGAUUCUGACAAGGUAAUAGUUUUGGAUAAUGGUUUUAUGGUUGAAUAUGAUUCGCCAGCUAAUUUAUUGAAAGAAAAAUCAUCAGUUUUCUACUUGAUGGCAAAGGAUGCAGGUCUAGUACAAUAAAAGUGUUUAAUCCAUAUUAUCAAUCUCAUGUGCCUGUUGCCAUUGAUUAAGUUUGUUCAUUUUGCGGUUAAACAAUCAUGAUUUUAUUUUAUCAUUUCUUUGGCAUUUUUUGUCACAGAUUGGUAAAUAAACUUAAAAAUAGUAUACCUAUAACAGUUAAAUUAUGUUUUAUGAAUGAUUUUUUUAUUUUAAUUUUUUGUUUUAAUAUUAAGCCGUCCGUGUUAAAUCAAAUACUUGCCAUUUGAUUAGAGUUUUUCAAUGUUAAUUUUUUUAUUUAAAUAUAAAAAAAAAAUGGCAUACUUAAUGUUACUGUUAAAAAUUGUUCAGUGUAUAUUUUAUUCGGAAUAACA